AUGUUCCAAACACAAGGGAUCUACCCACAAACAGUGCGUCAGGACUCCUUCUCCACAUCUGACUCACAUGCUGUGGCUAAGCUCUCUACCAUUUCGCACCAACUCGAUCGCUUCACAAAUCUUCCACGCGACCUGAUCGACUCGGCCAAGAUCUCAGGCAAAGUUGUCUUCGACCCAGCCAAACACUUAAACUAUGAAGCUCCCAAGAAAAUACACCUUCUCGCUGAUCUCGGCAAAAGCAAUGUGGGAAUCUCGCCUAAUGCUUUCUCUGAGCCUUUUCCAUUGUUUAACGAAGAGGCGAUUCGGCAAAUGAGAGCAGAAGUGUUCGACGAGGAGGUGCUUGAUAAAUUUCAUUGUCAGACUGGGAGUAAGACUGGACAGGUCAGAGGGCAGUGUCCAAACCACGCACCAUUCACCCAUGCGGCUUGGACCCACCCCACCGUCAUCUCCCUCAUAUCCACUAUCGCAGGGAUCGAUCUUGUCCCAGCGCUUGACUACGACAUUGGCCAUACAAACAUUGUCGUGCGCGCCGACGGCUCCGAGAACGACUGCACCCCACCAGGUCAACAAAUAACGCCGGGAAAGUACUGCGAGAGUGCGUUUGGAUGGCACAAGGAUUGCUACCCGUUCGUAUGUGUACUAAUGCUCUCUCCAUGCACUGGCAUGUCUGGGGGCGAGACGUACAUCCGUGCCGCGGAUGGAGACAUUAUGAAGGCGCGAGGCCCCGAGUUGGGGAGCGCAGUAGUUAUGCAGGGCAGAUAUGUGGAGCAUCAAGCUACGGCGGCGAAGGGUGGGCAGGAGAGAAUUAGUAUGGUGACAAGUUUCAGACCGCGAGAUCCCCACGUCAAAGAUGAGAGCGUGAUGACGAAUGUAAGGAAUAUCAGUGAUAGAAAGGUGCUAUUUGGGCAAUUUGCGAGCUAUAGAGUCGAAAUCUUGCGGGAUAGAGCUUGCGAAGAGGUUAUCCGGGCAAGAGGUGAAAGUGAAAAGGAGGGUUCUUACCGGGUUGAGGGGGCAAGAGAGUGGUUGAGGACACAAAAAGAAUUUAUUGAGUGGACCCUGAGGGAAUUAAUCAAUGAUUGA